AUGCAGUCUCCUACCAAUACCAUCUCUGUAUUCUUUUACUGCACAAUAUUAGUGGUUUGCUUGAGUCAUCAAAGUGAUGCAAGAGACACCAUCAAUACAAGCCAUCCAUUAAGGGACGACGCGAAUGAAAGUCUCGUAUCAGCUGGAGGAAUAUUUGAACUUGGUUUCUUUACUCCUGGUCCUGGAGGAAACAACAGAUACGUAGGAAUAUGGUAUCACAAUAUGCCAAGAAGAGUAGUGUGGGUUGCAAAUAGAGAUAAACCAGUGACUGAUUCUUCGGGAUCGUUUGCCAUUGCAGAAGAUGGCAACCUCAAGGUACUUUCGAAUAGAAAUGCUUACGCCAUAACAGAUCUUAAGAAUGCUGGUGUUAACAGCACGGUGAAGCUAAUGGAUAAUGGAAACUUGAUAUUUUUUGAUGGUCCAUCUCUGUUAUGGCAAAGUUUCAACGAUCCAACAGACACAUUUCUUCCCGGUAUGAAAAUGGAUGACAAAAUGGUUUUGACUUCCUGGUCGACCUCAACUGACCCGGCAUCUGGAGAUUACACAUUUCAGAAAUAUCAAGAAUUGUACGAGAUACAAAUGAGAUCCGUUCCUUACUGGAGAAGUGGUGAGUCAGGUUUAUCAAUCAUUAAGAAUAAAAUGCCUUAUGCCGUAGCCGACAUGUUGUCUGGAUUUAAAGAAGGACUUGAUGAAAGUAAAUAUCCAUCUUCUGGUAGUCAAAACAAAGGAAAAGUAUCUUUUAAUUUUACAAGGUCUUCCAAUGAUAAUGUCUCUGGGCUUUUCAUGAAUGGGACUGGGGAAAUACAAUAUUAUAGAUGGUCCGACGGGGAAUGGACCUUUCUAUGGUCUGAGCCCAAAGAUACCUGCAGUUUCUACAAGUAUUGCGGGAAAUUCAGCAUCUGUGAUAGCAAUCGUGAUCCAGAAUGCAAUUGUUUGCCUGGAUAUCAACCUGUUUCCAAAGUGGAUUCGAAUAAUGGGGAUUACUCUGUAGAUUGCGAAAAGAGGAAGCAAAUUAGAUGUGACAACAAUGCCAAUCAAUCCACGUUCUUGAAUUUGUCGUUGACCAAUUUCCGGGCUUCAUUCCAGAAAUUUGAUAAGGCUCGAAACAAGGAAGAAUGCGAAAAAGAGUGCCUGAACAACUGCAAAUGCGAGGCCUAUUACAUGUCAGAAAAAGAUAAUGCCAAGCGGACAGGAGAAAGUGAUGUUGUUCCUUCGUGUUUUAUUGGGACAGGAGAUCUUGAAAAUCUUUGUCGGGUGGAUGGUGAGAGUCGCGUCCAGCUCAAUGUACACGUAGAUAUGGACUUGAAAACACGAGACUGUAAACCUUGUGGUGACAUUAUGAUACCCUAUCCACUAAGCACUGGGCCAAACUGUGGUGAUCCUUUGUACUCUAGUUUCGACUGUAAUGACUCCACAGACAUAUUUUACUUCAAGACUUUGAGCAGACAGUACCGAGUCAUCAGCAUUAAUAAGGAGAAUCGUACAUUUGGAGUGAGGAAUGAAAUUGCUAAUAGCUGUUAUGCCAGAAUUUUCCCAAGAGAAAUCGUGAACCAAUCAUCUCCAUUCACCGUGACAAAUAGGUGCUAUGAAAGAGGAAUAGAGAUAAGGUGGAAACCUUCUUUGGAGCCCUCUUGCAAUGUAUCUGGUGACUGUCGAGAUUGGCCCAAUUCAAGUUGCCACGCCAGAGAAAAUGGCAUGAGCAGAUGCUAUUGCGACCAAGAAUAUCAAUGGGAUGGCACAAGUUUAAAUUGUGUCCAAGGCUUGACAGCACGAGAUUCACGAGACUGUAAACUUUGUGGUGACAUUAUGAUACCCUAUCCACUGAGCACCGGGCCAAACUGUGGUGACCCUUUGUAUUCUAGUUUCGACUGUGAUAAGUCCACAGGCAUAUUUCACUUCCAGACUUUGAGCGGAAACUACUCAGUCAUUAACAUUAAUAAGGCGAAUCGUACAUUUGUUAUUGAAGUGAACAGUGAAACUGCUAAUAGCUGUGAUGCCAGAAAUUUGUCAAGACAAAUCGUGAAGCUUAACCAAUCAUCUCCAUUCACCGUGACAAAUGGGUGCUAUAAAAGAAGAAUAGAGAUUAGUUGGAAACCUCCUUUGGAGCCCUCUUGCAAUGUAUCUGGUGACUGUCGAGAUUGGCCCAAUUCAAGUUGCCACGCCAGAGCAAAUGGUAUGAGCAGAUGCUAUUGCGACCAAGAAUAUCAAUGGGAUGGCACAAGUUUAAAUUGUGUCCAAGGGACUGGGAGAUCACUUGCCAGGUGGCUAAAAGAUGUUAUUAUUAUCAUAGCGGUAUUUGCUGCAGUUCUACUAGUUUGUUUCUUUAGCUAUUACUUAUAUAGAAGAAAAAGGAUGACUAGAAGAAAAGGAAGUGGCGAAAACAGUGGAGAGAAUCCAGUGGUUUGGUCGUAUGAGAGUAGUGACAGACAAGUAUCAGAUUUGAUGGAUGAAGAAAACAAGAGUGGUGUCGGUGUUCCUUUCUGCAGUUGGGAAAGUAUAUUAGCUGCUACAGAGAACUUCUCAGACGUACAUAAACUUGGAAGAGGGGGAUUUGGACCUGUUUACAAGGGAAUGUUUCCUGGAGGACAAGAGAUUGCAGUGAAAAGUGGAAAAAGAAACACGGGAUUUUAUGGAUCCGCAGAAGCCCUGAAUCUCUUAGGUUACGCUUGGGGAUUGUGGAGUGAAAACAAGGCAUUGGAUUUAAUGGAUCCAAUGCUGCUUGAAUCUUGUGAGAAAUCUGAAGUUAUGAAGUGCAUAAAUGUUGGGCUGUUGUGUGUGCAAGAAGAUCCCGGUGAUCGGCCUACCAUGUCGAAUGUAGUUUUCAUGCUUGGUGGCGAAGCAACAGUUCUUCCUGUUCCUAAUCAACCGGCUUUCGUAAUGAGAAAACACGUUUUUAGCACGUCUUCAUCCUCUACUAAACCGGGUUCAAUUUCCAACGAGUUAACAAUGUCUCAGGUAGAAGGGCGAUGA